AUGAAUGCGGAGAUAGCCGAGUUUAUGCCGAGUUAUGCCGGUGACGUAAUGAAGAGCUCACGUGUUUUGGGAAUAGUCCACGUCGGUGGUGUUCGCGAGUUGCAGCAGUCUCUGACAAUGGCGUCUGUAUCAGUGGUCUCUCCGGAGAUCGCACAGGCGAGUCUGCACAUAUCUAUUCCAUGGCAGCGGCAUGUGUACGCAGUGCCGUUUCUGUGUCUGUACCCGCUGCUGGCGUAUACGUACUUUGUGAAAUACGACGAGUGGAUUGUGUCUGAAGAAUGGACAUUUGUGUACUGCGUCUCUCUGGGCGCCUCUCAUGCGCUCAGCUUCCUCGUCACUAGGUGGAACGCAGGCGCCCGUGCAUGGAUCACCACACACCGCGCACCUUCCCUCGAGCAGGCUGACUGCAUCCGCAUCGUGCCCCACCAGCACCGCGGCCAGGGCGAGAUUGUGCCUCUGCUCAAAAAGAUCCCCUCUGACCCAUCCUCGUACACAUUCAGCUACCAGCGCGAUACCUACUCGCUCUCCUCGCUCAACCCGCCCACCUUUGCCCGUCUCGCAUACCCCUCCUCUGCCCAGCCAGCUCUCGCCUCCUUCCUCAACCCACCACCAAGGGGUCUUACAAAUAAGCAGCUAGCAGACCUCGAGAGUCUCUAUGGCUGGAACGAGUUCAACAUCCCCAUUCCCAGCUUCACAGAGCUCUUUGGCGAGCAUGCCACCGCCCCCUUUUUCGUCUUCCAGAUCUUCUGCGUCGCCCUCUGGUGUCUCGACGAGUACUGGUACUACUCUCUUUUCACCCUCUUCAUGCUCAUCGUCUUUGAAUGCACCGUCGUAUGGCAGCGCGUUCGCACCCUGACAGAGUUCCGCACCAUGUCCGUCGCGCCGUAUCCCAUCCAAUGCUUCCGCAACGGCAAAUGGCAGACCGUCCAGACAGACAAGCUGCUUCCAGGCGAUAUCGUCUCCGUUGCCCGCCAGUCAACAGAAACCACCGUACCAGCCGACAUCCUCCUCCUCAAUGGCACCGCCAUCGUCAACGAAGCAAUGCUCUCCGGUGAAUCUACCCCCCUCCUCAAAGAAUCCAUCCAGCUCCUCGAGGGCGCCGAGCGCCUCGACGCAGACGGCGCACACAAAGGCGCCGUCCUCUUCAGCGGAACCAAGAUUCUCCAAGCAGGGCAAUCCACUGAGAUCCCCUCGCCCCUCGCAACCCCCGACGGCGGCUGCCUCGGCAGCGUCCUGCGCACAGGCUUCGGCACUGCACAAGGCCAGCUCGUGCGCACCAUGAUCUUCUCCACCGAGCGUGUCUCUGCGAACAACCUCGAGAGCUUCCUCUUCAUCGGCUUCCUCCUCAUCUUCGCCGUCGCUGCCAGCUGGUAUGUCUGGGUCAAAGGUAUUGAACGCGAUCUUAAGAAGUCAAAGCUUUUGUUGGACUGUAUCCUCAUCAUCACGAGCGUCGUACCACCCGAACUGCCCAUGGAACUCUCUCUCGCGGUCAACGCCAGCCUCGUCGCGCUAAGCAAGUUCGCUAUAUUCUGUACGGAGCCGUUCCGCAUCCCGUUCGCAGGCCGCGUCGACGUGUGCUGCUUUGACAAGACGGGAACAAUCACAGCUGAGAACCUCGUUUUGGAAGGUGUAGCCGGUGUAGACCCGGCAAACCCACGCCACCUCGUCCCCGUCACACCCUCCUCCCCCUCCACCGCUUUGACCACAACCUCGACGACCCUCUCGCGAGCAACGACACUUACACUCGCUGCUGCCCAUGCGCUCGUGCGGCUCGACGACGGAACAAUUGUAGGUGACCCGAUGGAAAAGACGACGCUGGACGCGAUGGGAUGGGGGCUGGGCAAGGGGGAUGUGGUGUUGGCGCCUGUUCCUGGGUCUGUAGCUGGGGGGUCAAAACAUGGCAAGAAGGAUGGCAAGGAUAAGGAUGGUAAGGAUAACGAGAAAGACAACGAGAAGGAGAAGCCUGCACCCGAAAUGCGGCCCGCUCUCCAGAUCAAACGCAGAUUCCAGUUCUCAUCCGCGCUGAAGCGCAUGAGCACCAUCGCACUACUCCCUCCCUCUUCCUCCUCCUCCCACGGACACGGACAGCUAGUAGCAGCAGUGAAAGGCGCGCCGGAGACGAUCAAGGGUAUGUUGAGAGAUGUACCGCGCGACUAUGAUGAGACGUAUAAGUGGUAUACGCGUCAGGGGAGUCGGGUGCUUGCGCUUGCGAUGAAGGAGGUUGAGUGGAUGGGGUUGGAUCGGAUCAACAAGCUGCACCGCGCGGACGUCGAGAGCGAUCUCGUAUUCGCUGGAUUCCUCGUGUUCCACUGUCCUCUUAAGAGCGAUGCAGUUGAGACACUCAAGAUGCUCGCGGACUCGUCGCAUCGCUGCGUGAUGAUCACUGGAGAUAACCCGUUGACGGCUGUACACGUCGCGCGCGAAGUCGAGAUUGUCGACCGCGACGCGCUCAUCCUGGAUCUAGCCGAAAACCCCAAACACGAAGCCGACCUCGUCUGGCGCACGGUAGACGAAAGCAAGAUCAUCCCCGUCGACCCUUCAUCGCCCAUCGACCAGUCCCUGCUCGACACAUACGAUAUCUGCAUCACCGGCGCCGCAAUGAAGCACUUCCCCUCCACCUCCCCCGCCUGGUCCCAACUCGUCCAACACACCUGGGUCUACGCGCGCGUCUCCCCCUCGCAAAAAGAACUCAUCCUCACCACCCUCAAAUCUUUGGGCUACAUCACACUAAUGGCAGGCGACGGGACAAACGACGUCGGCGCUCUGAAGCAGGCGCAUAUCGGCGUCGCACUGCUAGAUGGCACGGAGGAGGACCUGAAGAAGAUCGCGGAGAGGCAGAGGCUAGAGAGGGUGAAGAAGGUGUAUGAGCAGCAGUUGAGUAUUAGUCAGAGGUUUGGGCAGCCCCCGCCGCCUGUGCCGCCUGCGAUUGCGCAUUUGAUGCCGCAGGCGGUUGUGGCGCAGCAGGAGGCGGCGAAGAAGUACGGUGAGAAGAGGCAGAAGAACGCAUUGGAGAAGUUCGACCUCGCAGCGAUCACGGACAAAAUGGCGGAUAUGGAAGGCGACGAGGAGGUGCCGAAGAUCAAGCUUGGGGACGCAUCGUGCGCGGCGCCGUUCACAUCCAAGCUCUCGCACGUCGCCGCCAUCACACACAUCAUCCGCCAGGGCCGCUGCACGCUCGUGGCGACGACGCAGAUGUACAAGAUCCUCGCGCUCAACUGUCUCAUCACCGCGUAUAGUCUGUCGGUGCAGUACCUGGACGGUAUCAAGUUUGGCGAUUAUCAGGUUACGAUCACGGGGAUGCUUAUGUCGGUUUGCUUUUUGUGCAUUUCGCGCGCCAAGCCGGUUGAGAAAUUGUCGCGCGAGCGCCCGCUUGGAAAUAUCUUCAACUUCUACGUUCUCCUCUCCGUCCUCCUCCAAUUCGCGCUCCACAUCGUCACGCUCGUGUACAUCACCAGGCUCUCGCAUGUCUACGAGCCACGCACGGGGCCUAUUGACCUCGAAGCCAAGUUCGAGCCUAGCCUUUUGAACACUGCCAUCUACCUCCUCGGUCUCUCACAGCAAGUGUCAACAUUCACGAUCAACUUCCAGGGCCGUCCAUUCCGCGAAGGGAUUAGCGAGAAUAAAGCGCUGUGGUACGGGCUCGUAGGCGCGUCGUUCGUCGCGUUCUCUGGCGCGCUGGAUUUAAUGCCCGAGAUGAACCGAUGGCUUCAAAUCGUCGAGAUGCAAAAUUCCUUCAAAAUGCGGCUGACGACGUCGAUGCUGGUGGACUUUAUCGGGUGCUACAUCAUCGAGGUCAUCUGCAAGUACCUCUUCGCGGACCUCGAGCCGAAGCCGAUGAUCACGCGCGGGCGCGAGCGCCGCGAGGCGAGGCGCGCGCUUGAGGAGCAGGAGAAGGCAAAGGCCGAGAUGGAGGCGCUCAGCGCGUUGGAGGUGAACGGCGUGAUCAAAGUCAAAGCGCAGUGA